AUGGAGAUAGAAGUCAAUUCUGCCUUGAUCACUAAAGACGAUUGGAGGGAGCCUAUCAUGACUUACUUGCAGUAUCCCACUCUACCCUCUGAGAAAAGAGUCAGAAUCAUGGCUACAAACUAUCUCAUGUGGAAUGAAGAUUUGGUCCGAAAAAGUGAGGAUGAGGUGCUAUUAAGGUGCCUUGGAAAGACAGAAUAUAUGAAAGUCAUGGGAGAAACCCAUGAAGGGGAUUGCAUCAACUAUUCCAAGGGAUGUGAAGCUUGUCAAAGACACGGCCCAAUCCAGCGGGCUCCUUCAGUCCCCAUGAAUCCAGUAGUGAAACCAUGGCCUUUUAGGGGAUGGGCAAUGGAUCUCAUUGGCAAAAUCUAUCCAGCCAGCAGCCAGCAGCAUUGUUUUAUCAUUGUUGCUACAGACUAUUUCACCAAGUGGGUAGAAGCCAAGCCAAUCAAAACCACAACUUCUCAAGAGAUCAUCACCUUUAUAGAAGAACAGAUCAUACAGAGAUUCGGCAUUCCAGAAUCGAUCACAACUGAUAGGGGUUCUUCUUUCAUAUCUAGGGAUAUGCUAGAUAUGGCAGAAACAUUCAAAAAGAUGCUGGAGAAGAAUCCGAAGCAGUGGCAUGAGAAGUUGUCAGAAACUUUGUGGGCAUACAGAACUUCAAAAAGAGAAGCAACUGGCAUAACUCCCUAUGCUCUGACCUACGGCCAUGAUGCAAUUCUGCCCAUGGAGAUAGCAGUCCAGUCUCUUAGAAUUGCUCAUCAGCACGAUCUCACAGGAGAAGAUUACUCUCAAGCCAUGCUACUUGAAUUAGAAGAAUUGGAUGCAAGCAGGAUUGACACCCUCAACAAACUCUUAGCAGGAAAACAGGCUGUGUCAAACGCAUACAACAAAAGAGUCAGAGAUAAGAGUUUUGAAGAGGGGGAAAUAGUCUGGAAGGCAAUUCUGUCCCUUGGAGCGUACAUAGCUGGAUAUGGAAAAUGGUCACCUACGUGGGAAGGUCCUUUUGUGAUUAACCAGAUCCUCGGAAUGGGGGCAUAUAGGUUGCAGGACAGAGAUGGAGUUAUUCACAACGCCCCAAUCAAUGGCAAAUGGUUAAAGAAAUGCUACCCAACCAUGUGGGAUUCACAAGCUGUACAGACAGAUCCCGGGAUAGAAGAGGAACAAGGCUGA